GAUGUGUACAGGAGCUGAAGAGAACGGAUUGCUAACCGAGCUAGCCGGAUCCUCCCGAUUAUAGAAACACGGCUGAACGUGGUCAUGUUGCGCACGGUAGGCUUCAUUUCUUAAAAAGCCCGCCUUGGAAAACUUGUCUUGCUGCUAAAAGGGCAAAGGAACGGGUUUUUUGACGGAAUAUCAAAGCCGGUCUGUGAGGAUUGCAAAUCUGAGCCGUGCGAGUCAACGUUAGCUGGCCUAGCCGGACUCGGGAGCUGCUCUCCCAAAACAAGAAUGGGGUCUAGGUCCACUCGGAUUAGCUUGCUAGUAAAGUGACCUUUGAUUGUAUUCGCUGAUGGCAAAUUUCACGAAUUACCAAGAAGGAAAGGCAGCGAUGUUGAUGCUGGAGACGCAGCAGAGGGACGUGGGGACAAAAUCUGCGGCAGCCACCGCAAACGGAGACGGGUCGGUCGGGGAACCCCCUUCCCCGUUAAUUAAUAUCGGCGGUGGCGGAGGCUCUCGUUUUCAUCAACAUUUGCCGCCCUCCAACCACCUCCACCAUCACCACCUAAGCCACCACCACCCGCCAAAAGAUCCCCAGCAGCACCAUCACCACCAGCUGGCUCCACAGCAACAGCAGCAGCAUCUUUCCGGAGAAAACAUCGCAGAGUCUCCGGGCAGGAAAGCCUCCUCCUCCUCGUCUCUCAGCCAGGUACACACCGCCGAGGACCCCGCCGCUUCUUCCGCCGCUAGCAGCAGCAGCCAUGUAUAUGCAUCUGUGAACGUCGCAAAUACCUCAGACGUUGUGGAUGAUAUUCGGAAAUGUGGUUAUUUACGGAAACAAAAACAUGGACACAAGAGGUUUUUUGUACUGCGGGCUGCCAGCCACCUCGGUCCGAGCCGCCUGGAGUACUACGACAGCGAGAAGAAAUUCAGGAACAGCCUGCGCUCUGCUGCCGCGGCCGCAGCCAGCGGCGGAGCGGUCGCCCCUUCCUCCCCAAAAAGGGUUAUUUACCUCUACCAGUGUUUCACGGUAAACAAAAGGGCGGAUUCCAAAAACAAGCACCUCAUUGCCCUUUAUACUAAGGACGAAUACUUUGCCAUUGUGGCUGAAAACGAGCAGGAGCAAGAGGACUGGUACGUAGCUGUCAGUGAGCAGAUGAAUGAGGGCAAAAAAGGGCACUUGGAUUCUGAUGAUUUAGAUGAUGGAUAUGGUACAGUCACUCCUGGUACUGUGUUCAAAGAGGUGUGGCAAGUUCAUGUGAAACCGAAGGGACUGGGUCAAACUAAAAACCUCACUGGUGUUUACCGGCUAUGCCUCUCAACUAAAACCAUUCACCUCGUUAAAUUGAACUCUGAAACCCCCUGUGUUAACCUUCAGCUGAUGAAUAUAAGGCGCUGUGGACAUUCAGAAAGCUUCUUUUUCAUUGAGGUGGGCCGCUCCUCCUCCAUCGGGCCUGGGGAGAUAUGGAUGCAGGUGGAUGAUUCUGUUGUGGCGCAAAAUAUGCAUGAGACCAUCUUGGAGACGAUGAAAGCCCUGAAAGCUUUUGCUGAGUUCCGGCCCAGGAGCAAGAGCCAGUCAUCAGGCUCCAACCCGAUGCCAUUCAUCACAACACGGCGCCACCUGGGCAACCUGCCACCGAGCCAGACCGGGCUGCAGCGGCGGUCGAGGACAGAAUCCGUUGUCGGAACGCCACCAUCAAGUAAGAGCUCUGGGGCCAGCGGUUAUCGCUUCCGUACAUCCAGUGAAGGGGAGGGGACGAUGAACAGGCCGUUUCGCUCUGCCACUGGAAGUUUAGUUCACCUUAACUCAGCACGAGCCCAUCAUGGUCGUCAGGAGGGCAGUGCUAGCAGCAGUGGGAGUGGCGUCACCACAGGAAAUGCUGGUACAAGCACUGGUAGUGGACGGUAUGUCAGAGCCAUUCCAGGGACAUCAUCCACCUAUCAUGCCCGCUCUGCAUCCCUUCCUGUCUCCCACUUUCCCUCCACCACCAGUCCUGUGAGUGUCUCCUCCAGCAGCGGCCACGGCUCUGUCUCUGACACUCUCACCCGCCCAUCAAGCGCCUCAAUAUGCGGCUCUCCAUCUGAUGGUGGCUUUAACUCUUCAGAUGAGUACGGCUCCAGUCCUGGUGAUUUCCGGUACUUCCGGGUGCGGAGUAACACACCUGACUCUCUUGGCAACACCCCACCAAUUAGAGAGGAGAACUGUCUCAAUGAUUACAUGGCAAUGGGCUGGAACAGGGAGGUGUUUGGCACCAGUGCAGGCUCUGGAAACAACAGUGGUGGUGAUACACCACGGGAUGAAAGCACGUCAACAACAGAGGAUGAACGCUUUUCCUCAUCUUCCCUGAGGAGGAGGACACACUCUUUCUCCAGACCCACAGGUGGAGCAACGGGUGGCUCUGGGGUGGCAGUUUAUCAAAAAAUGACCCAAACCAACUUCUCUUUGGAUGAGGGUUCAGAUGUGGUUUUACCAUUUGGCAGUGGGCUGCUUCGUGGUGGGCCUUCCUCUUCCUCCUCAUCGCUCCGCUCUGACUACAGCUCGUGCUCUGAGCAUAGCCAACAAAGCCGUCCCUCCACACUCUCUCGGACGGAGGCUGGCAGUGAACGCCCUCCACUUUCCUCCUCUUCUGCCAAGGAAGACAGUGGCUACAUGCCCAUGAUGUGUGGUGUGGCUGCGUCACCCCGGGACACUCCUCCUGACUACAUGCCUAUGCAACCCAGCUCUUACCCCCAUCAUGUCUCCCAUUCCCCUCAAUUUCACAGUCCAGCUUUAGGUCCCCGUUUAGCCCACCAUCACCCUCAGCUCCAGUCUCAAUCCUCCACAGACUCUCACGGCUACAUGAUGAUGCUCCCAGGGGGGAGUGGCAGCUCCCCAUCACCAGUCCAAGCCUCUCCAAGCCCUCACAGUAGUUCAAGCAUGGGCGGUGCAAGUGGAGGUGACAGCCUAGUAGAAAGACCUGAGAAUGGGGAAUAUAUGGACAUGUCAUACAGCAGUAGUGGGGGUCGCAAGCUGUCAAAUGAUGGGAGCAGUGGGUGUUAUACACCUGGCACACCUGAGAGCACCCCAAAGUCUUAUAGCCCUUAUUUCUCCCUCCCUCGCUCCUAUAAAGCCCCCACCAGAGAUAGGGAUGACAAAGAGUAUGGUGAGUACGUACCCAUGAGUUCUCCUGCCAAGCCUGUCUACUCAUCAGUUGCCACAGCUUCACUAUCAACACCAGAGAAGAGGGGUGGGGGCGGUAGUAGCACCUCCACCCCCUCUCACCCACCCCCACCUUAUGGGGCUCACCAUACAACUGCAGCAAUGGCAGACCGGCGUGUUGUCAGGCCAAACCGCCUCCCGUUAGGCAGGAGGAGUUUCCAUGGUCCACUGCGGGUUAGUGAGCCCUCCACAGUGUCUGCAGGCACCUCCACCUCAGUCCCUGCUACCGGUAGCUCUGAAGGGCCCUCCAGUCCAGGAGAGUAUAUUAACAUAGAGUUUGGUGAUCACUUUCCACAUCAACAGCAGCCCCCUGCCUACCCCUAUUCAGCCCAAGAUGAAGCGCCUUCCUUGGAAUCCAGCGACCUCCGUAGCUCCCCUUCUCAGCCCCAUACUCACCAGGACUACAUGAGUGUGGAGGUUGCAGCAGACCAACAGGACAGUGCUGGAUGUUUAAGUAAGAACCAAUCACCCAGACCAAGCCUUGUUGCUCCCUGGAACCCACCUAGCUAUAUUCGACCCCUGGCUAGCAAUCCUGGGACAAUGGCCUCCCCUGGAGUCCCUGCUGGAGGUCACUGGAGGGCAAUUGGGGAUGACUACACAGACAUGACCUUUAACCUCAGCAGAGAGAGGACACAAACAAGCCCUACAGCCAUGCUGCAGCAUCUCUGUGUAUUAGAGGGGCAUUAUGGCCAUGCUCCCUCCACCUCCUCCUCAUCCAUUUCUCCCACUCUUCCUCCAUCCAGCCCGGGUAGGGUCGAGCCCAAGGUGGUUCGGGCAGACCCCCAAGGAAGGCGGAGGCACAGCUCUGAAACGUUCUCCUCUACCUCCUCCUCAAAUUCAACUCCAUCCGGAGGAGGACUUGGCCCCUCAUCCUCAGUCACACAUCCCACUCUGGUUAACCCCAUAGCCCCCAACGGAUCAUUCCUAACAGAGGGUCAGACUUCCAGAUGGGCCAGCUCAGCAUCCUUCGACAGCGUGUGGAUGUCUGUGGAGGGUCUCGGAGACUCGCCAGCUCACCAUGUUCAGACACGAGCCUUUGAAAUGGGCAUGGCCUCUGGGACCUCGGUGUCUGCCUCUUCUUCAGGGGCUGGAGCCAGCAGAAUGUGCAGGAACAUGUCCAUAGGUUACCAGAACGGUCUCAACUACAUCGCCUUAGAGCUGAAGGAGGAUGGGAGUAACACAGGAGCCAUGAUGUCAGGAGCUGGUAGCGACAACGGAGGUUCAGUGACAACGGGGACGGUUCCUCUGCCAGAGAAUGGAGCCUAUGCCAGUAUAGACUUCAGCAAAUCUGAUGGAGUCACCACGACAACAAAGGACUGAGCAGCAGGAUGACAGAGGUUCCUCACCUUCCUCCUCUUGGGACACUUGACUCUACCUGCGACCUUUGGCCUCCCCCCACAUUGGUGACCUCUGACCUUCACUCAGACUGAGAAGCCGCUCCCUUCUAGACACAGAAAACAUCAUCACUACAGAUGACAAAAAAUGCUUGCAGUUUUUUUUAAGUGUAUUUCAUCUUUUAUUUUCCUCGUGUUUUUUAUGCAUAUCUUGUCCUGCUUUUUUGUUUGUUUUAAUCAUUUCACCACCACCCCACCCCUGCCCCAUAUCGCUCACAAUUGAUGCUGCCACCAGUGUGUGCUGCUUUCCCCUCUCUUCUUAAACAGGCUUAUUUAACAGGCAGUGAACUUUGACUGAGGGGAGAUAGAUGUGCUUCUGCUUCUCUGUACAGUAUUAAAAAGGGAGGCUGGAACACUAAAGGCAUUACAGUACACACUUGGAAAUGUUUAUGUUGCAUUGAACUUAAACUAUUUUUUUUUUUUUAUCCCAUGCAUAAUCCAUCCUUGACACAGUACCGUACAGUUAUUACAUUGUGGUCAAAUCUGUAUAUUUUUUUGAAGGCAUCGCCCCUUAAAUGGUACAAGCUCAUGGCUGGAUCCAUUUUAGCUUCAGAGUGGAGUUGCAAAAGUAUGGCGCUCACUGAACCCAUUUUGCCGCGUCAGGUACAACACAGAACCAGCAUCUGUAAGAACACAAUCAGAGUACAUUUUGCACAGCAUUCCCAAUUGGUGACACACAUUUCAAGGGUGCCAUUUUCUGAGCACCUCUCUGAAUUUGACUGGGUGUCAGAAGCUAUGGUACUGCGCCAGUAUGGGUCCAUCACAGUGCACUGCUGCAAUGGGAUAACCUUAAAGCAUUACUCACAUCAUAUUAUUUAUUUGUCACAAUAGGUACACAUGUUCACGCACUUUUUUUUCUGAUGGUACUGAGCAGAGCAGGAAAAUAAUGCCGGCUAUAAAUCAAAUGCUGGAUGAUUCUGUCUGUUAUAAGUCUGAAUGGUUUUGCUGAUCACUAUAACAUGUUUAAAAAAAAAAAAAAAAAAAAAAAAAAAGAAGCUCAGAGGAGUUUGGAAAGUCAGCUGCUGCAGCCAGCAAAUGGAGAAUGCCCCGCCCUGUUUCUCACUCUCCAACUAAAGCAGGUGUUUAGUUGUUGGUUUUUUUAAUUUUAUUUUUACGAUCUCUGUUUUUACCUCAUAUGGUCCGUAGAACAGUUCAGGUUAGCGAGGGAGAGUGGCGCCAACACAAACACAGACAUACGCACCCACGACUCUGCAAAAGAUAAAAGCACAAAGUACAGACGCUCACACCAAGAUGCAAACAGAAGACGCACAAAAUCUCUGCAACUAAACUGUCUGUGCUUUGUAGAGACACAUGCAUGUAUGCACAUCAUGAGGACAAAUGUAACGGUCAUGCGGCUUCACCUGUACUUGCUUUCACACAUGCUGAAGUCAUGCAGCCCUAUUUAGGUUGGGGUAACUCCACUGUGCCCCCGUUUCAGCUCUUUGUCAGCAGCUCUUGAUGACGUGCGGGAUUUUUUCACACACAUAUGUAUGCUGGGUUGUUCGUCAGCAGCUCUGGGUGACGUAAAGAGGUUUCCAGUAACCUGAGCUUCAGCCCCAGGUGCAGCGCGCUGGGCAUACUUGCCCUGUUACAACCUCACGCACACACACACACACACACACACACGCAUAUUAGGACACCCACAUCAAUCACAGUGUGAGCCGGUGCCUGGUUGCCUCUCUCUCACACUUUCACACACUGAUACACCCAUAUUUAGCAUUUCUAGUCACGCUACUCUCCCAUGACUAUUACCCCUUCAACUGUUUUCACACAGCAAAAUGUGGCAGACUGACCACUAACGUAGCCCGCACAAUUUCAGUGUUUUGUAUUCUCAUUUAAUGCCAUCAUCCUGUCUCAGUAUUUUUUAUUUUUUUAAUUCGGCCCUCUCUUUUUUUGUUGGUUUUAAUUUGUUUGGACGGAUGAAGGCCUGUCACUCUCACAGUGCUUUUGUGGAAGAGGCAUCAUUGUCAUCCUUUCAGAAUCCCACACAGCAGGGAUGCUGCGCUGGCAGAGAGGAAGGGAGGGAUGGAUGGGCAGAGGGAUGAAGAGGUGGGGUCUUGAAAUCAUUGUUAAAUGAUGAUGGGAUUGCUGGGUUAAAGAGCUGAUUGGAUAGGGUUUUAUCACACUGAGAGAUGCGAGUUGACUGCAAGAAUUUGUCUUAAAAUUUUGCAAUUCAUGAACUCCCCCGAUGCAGUGAACUACAAAUAUCUGGUUCUUCACUUCCACUGAAAUAGGUUUAUUGCUUUUGGGCAAUUUAUUUGGAAAACUGGCAUUAAAAUCAGAUUAGACUAGAUCGCUGUGCUACAAGUGAUACAAAUUGUAUAGGACAAAGUUUAAGGCUUCAGCAGUUAGAUACUUGUCAACUAUUAAAUUAAGGCACAACUAUUCUUAUAAUAGAUUAAUUGAUUUGAGUAAUUGAGUAGAAUUUUGGAUAAUUUGCAGUUUCUCUCCUCCUCUGACAGUAAUUGGAGCAUUUUUUGUUCUUUUGACCAAACUGGACAAUUCUAGACAACAUCAAAGACUUUGGGAAACUCAGCCUUUUUCAAUCACAUAGACAGUUUCUAAAUUUGUAAUAAAAUAAUUGACUGGUUAAUUUGCCAAUGAAAAUGGCUAUCAAAGUCUGAAUACAUGGUUUUGUUGAAUAUUUACAAGGGAGGAAAAGGCAUUUGAUUAGCUGAUACUUUCUCAGAUCUUUUUUUUUCUUUCUGUUUUGCUCUUGGGGUUAGAUUGAGUAAUUGUGUCAUGCAGUUGUGUUGUUUGCUGUAGCAUGUGAUAGAGCGAUCCAAGAGAUGAUUUUGGUACCACAGAUCCAUUUACAUCCAAAACAAGGUUACAGAGUUUGUUUUAAUACGGCUUAAAUUAACAGAUGGGUGGAGUUUACUGCACAGGGACCAUCCAAUGUCUGACAAAGACAGACAGAUUUACCUUUCUAGACAUCCUCCUCGCCUUUGUCUGCCUGUCGGUCUCACAUCCUUCUUCAGUAAGGACAGCUGAAAAAGACAAAAACAAGGUGUUUUAAAGUGAGAUAGAGGGGUUUUUUUGGUGUGUGGCUUAAAAUGUGGAGGUUCAAAGUUUGAAUGUGGGUACAGAAAUAGGAGAAAGUGUAACAGGAGAAAGCCCCCUUUUACCCCCUUAUCGCCCUCUGGAGGGGCAGGACACUAAGCUAACCUCCCUUCCUCAGCAGAUCCAUGUUUUAAACUCCUGUGAUGUGUGUUAUAUGUACACGAUGAAUAAUUUGAGAUCCCGCCCCCCUUUAACGAACAAAGAGUCAAAUAUAAUGAGAAUAUUUAAGCUGCAGCUCGAGAUGACUUUAGUUUCCUGUGUUUGGAAGAUGUUUUUGUGUACUUAACAUGCUACGGCAAAUACGUUGCUUUGACGAUUUCUAAUGCUAUGACAA